GUCACUCUUUAACCCGGUACACCGGUUAGCCGACUUAACGAGAAGACGAGCAGCUAGCAUCCUCCGUGAUGAGAACCCGGUGUCACCGUCCGGUCAGGAUCUGACAUGAACUACACAAUACCUUGAAACCAGCCGGAACACUGAGCACCUGGAUUCACACCUGAGACCGUGUGUUUGAGUUCACCUGCGUCGAGGGAGUCAGAUCAUCUGUGAAACAGCAGGCCUUUUUCCACCCACAGAGCCAGAACAGGACGCUGCUGAGAAAUCCACAGUGUCAGGCUGAACUGGAUUCAAUGAGGGAGCCGGAUCUGGAGGAGCAGCCUGAAGACAACAUGCCCCCCAAGUUUAAAAGACACCUGAACGAUGACGAGGUCACGGGAUCAAUCCGCAGUGAGAGGAGGAAUCUUCUGGAGGAGGAUUCUGAUGAGGAGGAAGACUUCUUUCUGAGGGGGCCCUCUGGACCCAGAUUUGGACCUCAGAACGACAAACUGAAGCAUGUGCAGUCUCAGGUGGACGAGGUGAUCGACGUGAUGCAGGAGAACAUCUCCAAGGUGAUAGAGAGAGGAGAGCGACUCGACGACCUGCAGGACAAGUCAGAGAGCCUAUCAGACAACGCGUCGGCCUUCAGCAGCCGAGCCAAACAGCUGCACAGGAGGAUGUGGUGGAGAGACAUGAAGAUGAAGAUCAUAAUCGCUCUGGUAGUCGUCGCUCUGCUGCUCAUCAUCAUCAUUCCAGUGAUCAUGCGAUACCGCUAGUGUUUGACCAAGAGGACAAGGACAUCCCUCCUCUUCCUCAUCUCUCUCUCUCCUCUGCACACAGUCCUUCACUCCAUCUAGGGGGCGCCAGCCAGCCUCCCACUCCUCCCUCAGUGUCAGCCCCUGUACCCUCCUUAACUUAACUCCUCCUCAGUAUAGAUCUGAUUAAUCUGCUGUGAGAUCAGUACUAAGGCUCAGUCUGAAUCUCCCCUGCAGAAAGGGAUCAUGGGAAAACUGGGGAGGUGUGUAAAUGCAGUUCCGGAGAAAAUCGCUGCCUCAUGACGGAGGGAUUCAUUCCAUCACCAACCUCACAUUUAAGCUCCAGUCUCUGCUGUAAACACAAAAACUCCUCACAUAGAUAUUAACUGUAAACUAGCUGCUCUGUAUCUGCAGCACACUCGUAUAGAAAAUGCUCACACAUUCAGCAGAUGAACCUCAGAUGGUUUCCCAUGAUGCCCUGUGUGCCAUCCUCUCAGUGGGGGUGGGGCUUUAAAGGGAACAUUUUUUGAACACAAGGUGAGGGAACAUCUGGGGGUCAUCUGCAGUCUUUGAAUCAUCCUGAUUUCACAUGUCAGGUGUGUUUCCUGGUCAGCUCAGAUGGUUGGAUUUAAGAAAGACUCACCGUCUGCUCUCCGACAUUACUCUCCUCCAUAAAUCUGAGCUCCUUCUGUACAGGCGGGCCAUUACACCCAAACAUCCAGGUUUAAGAAUGUCUCCUCCCCUUCCUGCUGCUCUGUGCCCAGCUCUGGACCUGUUUGGUCACGACUGACGGUUCUGUUUGGUUUUUAAACUGUCUUUAAUUCGGCUUCUGUGUUUCUUCACUGUGGUUACUCCUGCUCGCUCGGUGUGAUGCUGUGUGGAUGCUGCUGUUUAAUCUGAAGGGACAGUUUGUCUCUGCACUGUUAUGUCUGAGGAUGCUGAGCUGUUGAACAAACUUAGUGACAUUAAUUAACUGUAUAAAUCUUCAUUUUAUUAUUUGAAUGUAAUUUAUUUUAGCUGUAAAUAUUGACUCUGGAAGGAUGUAUAAUAUUCUGACCCUGCAUUGGAAGACUGUGAGAUCCUUUUUGCUCUGAAAUAAAGUGGUUUAAAAGGGUG